AUGUCCAACCUUCCCACCGGAACGCCACCGAGCUCGCUGUUCGUCAACCCUCCCUACCGCCAUGCGCACGUAGGCUCCUUCCUGCGCCCUGCGAGCAUCCACGCUGCGCGAGCCUCGUUCGCUUCGGGCGAAAUCGACGCCUCGGCGCUCCGACAGAUCGAAGACCGCGAGAUCGCCACGCACGUCUCGUCGCUGCUCGAACACAACAUCCAGGAGAUCACGGAUGGCGAGUUCCGACGCGAGUACUUCCACCUGGAUUUCCUCAAGCACAUCGAGGGGAUCACCAUCUCGAAAAACACGCUUGAGCAGAAGGAGGGUCGCGUGCCGCCCACGCUCAGCGUCACGGGUAAGCUGAAGCACACGCACAACAUCGAGGUGGACAACUUCAAGUACCUCAAGUCGCUCGUGCCCGAGGAUGCGGUGAAGCGCAUCAAGAUCACCAUCCCUUCGCCCACCAUGUGCCAUUUCCGCGGUGGACGGGCGGCGAUCUCGGAGGAAGCCUACGCGAACCUCGAUGAGUUCUUCUCGGACCUUGCCCAGGUUUACCGCACCGAGAUCGACGCGCUCUACGCCGCAGGAUGCAGAUACAUCCAGCUCGACGACACGAACCUGGCCUACUUGACUGACCAGACCAUGCGCUCGCAGGCACAGUCGCGCGGAGAAGACCUCGCCACUCUCCCGCACGACUACGCACGCCUGAUCAACGCUUCGCUCGCCUCGAAACCCGCCGACAUGGUCGCCGCCAUCCACCUGUGCAAGGGCAACUUCCGCUCUCAAUUCUUCGCCCAGGGCUCUGAGGAAGGCUACAACCCCAUCGCCGAGGUGCUCUUCCAGAAGCUCAAUGUCAACGCCUUCUUCCUCGAGUGGGAGGACGAACGCUCGGGCAAGGACUUCUCGGCGCUCGCGCAUCUGCCCCCCAACAAGGUCGUCGUCCUCGGUCUCGUCAGCUCCAAGUUCGCCACGCUCGAGGACAAGCAGGUGCUCAUCAACAAGAUCCACGAUGCGGCCAAGCAGGUCAAGGGCGGCGCAGGCCUCCACCAGCUCGCCAUCAGCCCGCAGUGCGGCUUCAGCUCCACCGUCCACGGAAACGAGAUCACCCCCGAAUCCCAGUUCGCCAAGCUCGGCCUGUGCAGAGACGUCGCCCUGCAGGUCUGGAACGACGCCGUCUAA